ACUUAUCUCAGCCGUAGUCCUACUAGAAUCGCUAGAACAGACUGUAAACAGUAUCCAUAUCUAGUAUCUAAUUAUAGCUGCAGCUCCAUUUCCGCAACGGUGAGCUUAUUAGGACCGCACGAUGUCACUCCUUAUAGAAAGGGGCAUGCGUUAAGCCAUAAGCAGCCUACGAAUGGAUUUAUACAAAUAGAGCCAGACUGCUCCGUUCAAUAUAGACUAGACUCUGUAAACCAAGCACUCACCAUCACUUAUCAACGUUGCAAGACAGCCCAUUUAUUCCAUAUACUAUAAAAUGUCUCUCAAAAGCUUUCUCGGAGUUUCUACGCUUCUAGGUGCGACUCUUGCCAGAGACGUUCCAUCGAAUGUUCGGAACUUCUAUAACAAUAUCCAGAGCAAUGGCCAAUGCGACUCUCCUCUGGCUACUGGGUUCUACAGUGAAUACAAUGACGAUAAUUCCUUCAGCUACUGCGGAGACCAUCUGGAAGACUCUAAGGUCAUCUACAUCCAAGGUGGCAAUAGCCAGUUCGCCAACAUGGAUAUCGACUGCGACGGUACUCAGGGCGGCCCUGCUGACGACGGCCGUUGCGGAAACUCCGACGAUACUCAAUCAAUCACGUCUUUCGCCGACACCGUAAGAGAAUACGGCAAGGGUGUCCAGGACUUGGACGCCAAGAUCCACCCCUACGUCGUUUUCGGAAAUGUGGGUGACGAGCCCGGCUUCACAUCAUUCGACCCUCAGGAGUACGGCAUUGAACCAUUGAGCGUGAUGGCCGUCGUAUGUGGUGAUAAGCUGAUCUACGGAGUCUGGGGUGACGAGAACGGCGUCGACGGCGAGAAGUCCGUUGUUGGAGAGGCCUCGAUUUCUUUGGCUACCGCUUGCUUCGGAGAGGGGAUGACUGGAAACAACGGACACGAUGAAAACGACGUGUUGUACAUUGCUUUCACUGGUGACGAUGCUGUUCCUGGUAAGAAUGGAGCUAAGUGGGAUGCACAGAACUACGAGGAAUUCGAGGAAAGCAUUCAAAGCCUAGGCGAUAAGCUCAUCCAGCGUAUCCAAGGUUAAACGGGAGUAUUCCGCGGUAGGGGGAUAGUUUAUACCAAGGCAGUAUUAAGGUGAUGCAAAAUAGAUCUUUGGUUUAGGUAGUAAUAAAUUGGUGUUUUCAAUUCAAUGUAACUUUUGGAUUUUAGAUAUUUCCUU